AUGAGUUCUUUGAAUUAUUGUUCAGAUUUGCAUUCAACUAUUAAUGAACAAUCACUUCAUGAUCAAUCAUCUUCAAGUAUGAAUAUUGAUCAUUCAAAUAACAGUAAUUCUCGUUAUAGUUUUGAUUUUGAGCUCUACAAUACUGAAAGUUUUAAGCUUGUUCCUUAUGAUAAAUUGAUACAUAAGAAGCCUUUCAAAGGAUUGCUGUUUGAUUCAUUGGACAUUGGUCUUGACUUUUACAAGACUUAUGGUCAAGAAUGUGGUUUUGAUGUGAAUAUGUCAAGUCAAAAAAGAUACAAUGAUGGCACAAUUCGUAUUAGAUAUUCGACAUGUAGUAGAUCUGGUUUCACGGAGUCAUUCAAGAAUGAAAAUGUUAAUAUGAAAUUUUCAGAUGUUAAGAGAAAGAGAACUUCUUCUAAGAAGAAUGGAUGCCUUGCUGUUUCAAAGUUCAAAAAUCUCCGAUGUUCUUUAAUGUUCUACAUUUAUGUAUUUGUUGAAGAUCACAACCAUGAACUUGUUGCUCAAGAUCAGUUGCACUUAUUAAGGAUUAAUAGGACAAUGGAUUUUCUUGAUGAAUCCUUUAUACAUAAGGUUGGUACUUGUAACAUUGGUGUUUCAAAAGCUUAUAACUUGGUGAGUAGUAUGAAGGGUGGCUUUGAUUCUAGGGGAGGGACUGCAGUUGACUUUAAAAUUUUUCAUAGAGAUUUGAAUUGUAAAAUUGGUGUCAAAGAUUCCCAAAUGGUUGUGGAUAUAUUGACAAACAGAAAAUUGUGUUUCUCUAAUUUUUCAUUUGAGUUUCAAAAAGAUGUUGAUGAUCAUCUUACUGGACUUUUUUGGGCUGAUGAUACUUCGAAAGCCAACUAUAAGGAAUUUGGAGAUGUACUAUCGUUUGAUGCUACUUAUCAAACAAACAACUAUUCUAUGGUAUUUGUUCUUUUUACUGGAGUUGACUACCACAAGCGUUGUGUUACUUUUGCUGCUGGUUUACUAGCUCGUGAGACAGCAGAUGCAUAUGUGUGGUUGCUUGAAGUGUUUCGUAAAGCAUUUGUCAAGCCUCCCAUGAUGAUUGUAACAAAUCGGGAUUCAUCAAUGAAGAAAGCUGUUAAUUUUGUUUUUCCUGAAUCGAAGCAUAGACUAUGUAUGUGGCACAUCCCUCAAAAACUUGAGGAAAAGAUUCCUAUCGAUGUUUAUAACCAUCCGGACUUCCAGAAGACAUUUUUUGAUAUUAUAUGGAAUCUUCAAUGUUCUCCACAAGAUUUUGAAAGUUCGUGGUCAACAAUGUUAGAUAAGUUUCCUCUAAAAGAAAAUGACUGGUUAAGGUCUGUUUUUAAAAUAAGGGAUUUAUGGAUUCCAGCUUUUAUGAGAGAUCUUGAACUUUCUGUUCAUAUGUCGUUUGAUAGUGCAAUGGAGAAGCAAAGGCAUCUUCAAUCUUUAUUAGAUUAUCAGUCCACAACUACUACCCCAAAGCUAAGGACUCCUUUGGCUAUUGAAAAGCAUGCAUCAGAAAUUUAUACACAUAAUAUUUUCUUGGACAUUCAGAAAGAGUUAUAUAAAUCCGUGUUUUAUUGUGUUCAAGAAUCUGUAGUUAUUGAAGAUGAAAGUGAAGUUGUAUUUAGUAGAAGGGGUGAUAGCAUUAGCAUCAGUUGCAGCUGCAUGCUUUUUGUCCAGGAAGGAUUGUUAUGUCGUCAUAUGUUUUUCAUAUUAAAUAUGAAAGAGUAUGAUGAAAUUCCAUCAAAUUUCAUUUUGAGGAGAUGGGGAAAAGAUAUCAUAGCUAAUGGAUUGUUGAGAAAAAAGUACUCAUAUCCUCAUAAAGGAAAUAAAAAUGAAUGUUUGAUUCAAGAAGCAUAUGCUAUUCUUCGUUUGUCCAUUAACAAGAUAGCAAAUAAUGAGGAUGAGUUGGCUAAAUAUGUAAAGCGACUUCAGGAGGUUGAUAGUGGUAUUCCUUUAUGUACCUCAUCAAGGGCAUCUUCGAGUAGAUCAGUUCACAUUGAAAAAAUUAUUGGAGUUGCAGUACCUGAUGUUAUCAACAUUCAUAAUCCAGAGGGGAUCAGAAACAUGGGAUGGGCCAGUGGUAAAAGAAUCAAGAGCACUAGAGAGAAAGUGAUUGAGAAAUCUAAAAAGGGUACUAGGUUGUGCGGUUUAUGUCAUAAACCAAAUCACAAUGCUAGGAGUUGCAUUUUGAGGUUUAAGAAGUCUGAUUUAGAAUCUGAGGUUACAGAAGACUGA